AUGCGGUCCGUCUAUCUCCAUGCGGUCCUGAUCUGCAGUGUGCUGCUCGACAAUGCUGACCCAGCUUCAGGCCUCGGGCAAACAAAGACCGCCGCACUGGCUAGGCCGCACGAGGUCGACGAGUUCAAGCAUCCACUGAGACAACACGCUGCCGCAGACUCCGGUCAAGAAGAGAGAAUGACACUGCAUGGUCCUAUCGAAGGACUGCCAGCUCGUGGUAUCAAAACUACAACUGAGGCUACGAACUUGCUCUACGCGGCGAUAAUUUGGCUGGGCAACGCUCGAGAUAAACUGAUGGCCCCUUUUUCACGUCAAAGUACCGAGUACUUUGCGCUUCUCAAAGUGGUACGAGAAACCAAGGACGAGGAGCUCAAAAAGCUGUGUAAAAUGGCUAGGAUAAUAGAAUCGCCCCGCGCGUCGGAAAGGAUGGUAUCGGAGUUAUCUGAUCCCGAAAGGGCAAUCAUCCUUGAACUAGCACAGAGAGUACCAGAGUUAGAGGCCGAGGCGAAAGUGAUCGAACUAAAGAUGUUCGAAACACUUAGAUUCAUCUAUGAGGAUCCGAGUACCAUGUUUAAGGAGCAACUCGAGCAGUUGAAAAAGGAAGGGUUUGCGAUGCGCGCCCAAUACCUUCAGAGCUUUGUAAACGAAUUCGCCGCGUGGAAGGAUGCCCAGAUCCUCACAAAUCAAAUCCACUGA